AGCAGCCAUGAGCUGAGCUUUCCUCCAAGUCUCACAGAGAGAAGCACCUGUUUCCCUCUGCCGCCCCCAGUGCUUAGAGGAAAGCACGGCUCAUGGCUGCUACUGAGCUGCCCCAGUCCCUAUCACGGCUCCAACGGCGGCAGCUUCGGGAGAUGCUGGUGGCACAGAGGCACGGGCGAAGGCUGGGAGGGGGGUGCAACACGCAGAGAGCCAAGUCUGCUCCCCUUCGCCUCCCCACACUUGUUUACCCGUCCCAGAGAGCUGGGGCUAUGCCUCCCUCCAAUCCAGCCGCCUUCCUUGCUGGCGUCGCUCCUCGGCUGUUGCGAAGAAGUGGCAGCUCUGGGUGCGCCAUGCCCGCUUUGUUCUCUUUGAGAGUCGCUUUGUACCUUCUUCGCAACAGCCGAGGACUUCUUCCAUUUGGAGCUCCAAGCUGCGGGGAUGGGUGGUGGUGGCUGUAAUGCUGGCAGCUUUGGUGGGCUCCUUCCCUUAGUGGUUUGUUUUCUUUUACCUCGUCUAGGCGACUUCGUCAUUAAAGGCUGCUCCGCACCUUUUGAUCUUUCUCAGGUGCGGAGAAAAGCGACCCUGUGUGAAGGGACUGAGCCUGCUGCUAAACUUGGAAGCCGAGAGGCUUCUUUUACACCCAGCCACUGGCGCACAGCGCCAGAAAGACCUCCGGUCGCUGCCGCCAUCUUCACGCAUGCGCAGCUUUCUUCUUAUCGGCUAAAGGACUUUUCGACACCUCUCAGGCAGCUGAGAGGCUUCUUUGCUCCAAUCAGCUUCGGGUGGGCGAGCAAGCAGCGACCGGGGAAUCGGUUCAGGGGUGUGGCCUGGCUGCCGUUACUACCGGUUCGGAGAACUACUUCCUAAAGUUACUACCUAUUCAGUAGAACCGGGCCGAACCGGGAGCAACCCACCACUGGUCCCAGAGUGAGGUGGGAAUGGAGAUUUUGUAAUAUCCUUCCCUCAGGAGUGGAGAGGGAAUGGGGAUUUUGCAGUAUCCUUCCCCUGCCAUGCCCACCAAGCCACACCACGCCCACCAAGCCAUGCCCACAGAACAUGUAGUAAAAAAAAAAAAGCUGCCUGGAGGAAGAGCAACACAUAUAUAUUACAAUAACUCUUGUUUGAUUCAUGUAUUGUUGAAUUUAAUAAUUUGUUUAUUUGAAAAAUUUCUAUACAGCUUCCACUUAAAAAUAAAACCUGAAAGUAGGUUACAGUUAAAACAGUUCAAGCAAUAGGAGUAAUUGAACCUGGUCAUUUACAAAGCAAAACUUGCUGGUUAUUUUAUUUUAUUUUAAUUUUUUUUAUCCUGUCAUUAUUAUUAUUUAUAAAUAACUCAAGGUGGUGAACAUACCACAUACACCUUCCUCCUCCUAUUUUCCACACAACAAUCCUGUGAGGUGGGUUGGGCUGAGAGAGUGAAGGGUAUGUUAUUUUGCUUUUACUUUUCUUGCCAUUUUGCAUAAUUUAAUGAAAAAGAAUUCUAUAUAAAUUUCAAAAAAAUAAACAUUAAACCACAGUGAUAAAUGAAAUGGUAAAAGAGUGGCUUUAUUGCAAGUCCUCUUCAGAACCAUUGUAUGUUUCAAAAAUAUACAUGUUCCAAAGAGAACAAUACAUAUAAUUUUGCAAGACCAAUAAAGUCUUUAACAAAAGCUUAGCUCUGCCAGAUAAUAAAACAGCAGGAUUUCUAUUGUACCAUCCAAAGAAAAUAGUAGAAGUGGUUUUGACAUGUUGUUGGGAUGUCAAAUUAAUCACAGAAAUUAUUGCAGAUUCAGACAUUAGAGGAAGUCGACCGUGAGCAGAACCGAUGAGAGAGAGCAUAACAAGCAACCCAAAGACAGCAGGUUUAAGCGCAGACCGAGAAAACAGAAAUGUUUCUAUAUUAAUUGUUGGGUGCAUCACUGCAUCCCAAGGCUUAUUAGUAAACUUAUUGUCAUGGCUUAAUUGCUUGGCCAUAAAUUCAGAAACUAAAUAUUGAAUGCUGCUUCCAGACAGAAGUGGUUUGACUGAGCAAGGGAACCAAUGUCUCAUUUUUUGUAUAGGAAGGAAUGGGUGGAUGGAUGGAUGGAUGGAUAUAUGUGCUGCACUCUGGAAAAAAAUAUGGCUGGAUUGGCUCUAGACUUAGCUAGAUAGCAAAGCAAUAACCUGGUUAUUAUAAAGGUACUAAAGACAUUGCUUUGGGGAAAACAGACUAUGCCUUUGAGAUGGCUGUUUCCAAUAUCCGAUAUGGAGAGGGAGUUACUAAAGAAGUGGGAAUGGACUUGAAGAAUUGGAGUGCUAAAAAAGUUUGUGUGAUGACAGAUAAGAAUCUUUGUCAGCUUCCUCCCAUGACAGCAGUGUUAGAUUCUCUGACAAUCAAUGGCAUAAACUUCCAAAUCUAUGAUGAUGUGAGAGUGGAGCCCACAGACCAAAGUUUCCUAGAUGCCAUUGAGUUUGCCAAAAAGGGGGAGUUUGACUCCUAUGUUGCCGUAGGCGGGGGUUCAGUCAUAGAUACUUGUAAAGCUGCUGAUCUCUAUGCAUCAAGUCCAAAAUCAGAUUUCUUAGAUUAUGUCAAUGCUCCUAUUGGAAAAGGCAAGCCUAUUACAAUCCAGCUCAAACCUCUGAUAGCAGUUCCUACAACAGCUGGAACUGGAAGUGAAACCACUGGAGUUGCUAUUUUUGAUUACAAAGAACUAAAAGUAAAAACUGGAAUUGCAUCUAGAUCCAUUAAGCCUUCUUUGGGUAUUAUUGACCCAUUACAUACUCUCCAUAUGCCAGAGCGGGUGGCAGCUAAUAGUGGUUUUGAUGUGCUUUGCCAUGCUCUUGAAUCCUACACUGCUCUUCCCUACAACCAGCGCAGCCCUUGUCCUUCAAACCCAGUGAAUCGGCCAGCUUAUCAAGGAAGUAACCCCAUCAGUGAUGUCUGGGCUGUCCAUGCAUUACGGAUUGUUUCUAAAUACUUAAAGAGAGCCAUAAAGAAUCCAGAAGAUCAAGAAGCAAGAUUUAACAUGCAUCUGGCAAGUGCUUUUGCUGGCAUUGGGUUUGGAAAUGCUGGUGUACAUCUUUGCCAUGGCAUGUCUUAUCCAAUUUCCGGUUUGGUGAAGAAUUAUAAAGCAAAGGAUUAUAAUGUGGAUCAUUCUUUAGUGCCACAUGGCCUUUCGGUCAUCCUCACCUCUCCAGCAGUGUUUACCUUCACAGCACCAAUGUGUCCAGAGCGCCACUUGGAGGCUGCCCAAAUAAUGGGAGCUAACAUCAGUAAUGCCAAGAUGAAGGAUGCUGGGUUUAUUUUGGCAGACACUCUCCGAAAAUUUUUAUUUGAUCUCAAUGUUGAUGAUGGCUUAUCUGCCCUUGGUUAUUCAAAAGCUGACAUUCCCGCUUUAGUCAAAGGCACCCUGCCUCAGGAAAGAGUGACUAAAUUAUCCCCUCGUCCUCAAACAGAAGAGGAGCUGUCAGCCCUGUUUGAAGCAUCUAUGAAAUUAUAUUAAUUUGUUUCUGAUUUUCUUUUUUUUUUUUAACUUUAAGCAGUGUUUUAUCAUUUCAGGGGAUGAAUCAAUUCAAAAUAUUAUAUGGGGAUUAUAUGUAAAUGUUAUUUCCUAUUAAGAGCUGUAGCAUUCAUGUUUAUUUUUACACAUGAUUAUAAUUGGGAGAUAUUCAGAUUUCAUUCACUAGUGGUGAUCACUGGAAUUAAUUAUUGAUAGUUUUAUCAUAUGAGAACAAUACAUUAAAGAAUUUUCUGGUUUGCCAUUUCACUAGCUCCACACCAACUGGAUCAAGCAGGGAUAUAAGAAUAAAACUUUUAUAAGUUCAAAACAUCCUGUUGUGUUUUUUAUUAUUAUUGGUUGUUGCAUAUAGCAGUUUCUCUUCAUAAUUCCCAUUUAAACAAGAAUGCUUUGUAGUUUUUAUAAUUGCCUUGAACUCUUGGCUCUGUAAUAUUGCACCCUAUUGAUUUUGUACUAGGACUGUUUUACGGUAGUAUUUUAAAUGUGAGUCUGAAGGUCCUCUGAUAUUUAUUGCUUGUAAAAGAGGAUGGCAGAAGAAAUCGUGGACAGCAUUUAUCUCCACUAAGGCUACUACAUCUGAUCUCCAUGCAUUAGAGAUUGAUGAUUGAAGAAACUCUUAAUUCCUUGAUGUCCUCUAGUGAUUGUCUGGAUUUUGUCUGGAUCAACCCAGAUCCAAUCCAAUUUUUUCAACCGAGAUCCAAUGCAGUUUCUAUCCAGGAUAAUAAAAUACUAUAAGAUGUGUGGUAA